AUGCCCGCCCCCACUACCGCCCCCCGAACUCUCUACGACAAGGUCUUUGACGACCACGUUGUGCACUCUGGUGAGGGUGACACCCUCAUCUACAUUGACCGACAUCUCGUCCACGAGGUCACAUCCCCACAAGCUUUCGAGGGUCUGAGAAAUGCUGGCCGACAAGUCAGACGACCCGAUUGCACCCUGGUCACCGUUGACCACAACAUUCCCACCAUUUCCCGUAAAAACUUCAAGAAUGUCAACACUUUCAUCAAUGAGGCGGACAGUCGAGCUCAGGUUGCCGCUCUCGAAGAUAACGUCAAGGGUUUCGGCCUUACCUACUUUGGCAUGAACGACAAGAGACAAGGUAUUGUCCACAUCAUUGGCCCCGAGCAGGGUUUCACCCUCCCCGGCACCACUGUCUGCUGCGGUGACUCCCAUACAUCAACCCACGGUGCUUUCGGCGCCCUCGCUUUUGGUAUCGGUACAUCCGAAGUUGAGCACAUUCUCGCCACUCAGACCCUUCCCCAAGCCAAGUCCAAGAACAUGCGCAUCAACGUCGAGGGCACUCUCGCCGAGGGUGUCACCUCCAAGGACAUUGUCCUCCACAUCAUCGGUAUCAUCGGUACCGCUGGUGGUACUGGAUGCGUUAUCGAGUUCUCUGGUUCCACCAUCCGAGCUCUUAGUAUGGAGGCGAGGAUGUCUAUCUGCAACAUGGCUAUCGAGGCCGGUGCCAGGGCUGGUAUGAUUGCCCCCGAUGAGAUCACAUACGAGUACCUCAAGGGACGACCUCUCAGUCCCAGGCCCGGAGAGGAGUGGGAGCAGGCUGUAGCCUACUGGAACACCCUUAAGACCGACUCUGGAGCCAAGUAUGAUAUUGAAGUCGAGAUCAAGGCUGUGGACAUCAUUCCCACCGUCACUUGGGGAACUUCUCCCCAAGAUGUGGUCAACAUUGUCGGUGUCGUUCCCGACCCCAAGGACUUCCCCGAGGCCCAGCGCCCCAACAUUGAGCGAGCUCUCGAGUACAUGGACCUCGUCAGCGGUACUCCCAUGGACCAGAUCAAGAUCGACAAGGCCUUCUUCGGGUCUUGUACCAACGGUCGUAUCGAGGACAUGCGAUCUGCCGCACGAGUCAUCCUCGCGUCCACAAAGAGCGGCGGUCCCUCUCAUGUCGCCGAGGGCGUCUAUGCUAUGAUCGUUCCUGGUUCGGGCUUGGUGAAGCAGCAAGCGGAGGCGGAGGGUCUCGAUGUCAUCUUCAGGAAGGCUGGAUUUGACUGGAGAGAAGCUGGGUGCUCCAUGUGUCUCGGUAUGAACCCCGACCAGCUCAAGCCUGGAGAGCGAUGUGCCAGUACCUCCAACCGAAACUUCGAAGGUCGUCAAGGUGCCGGUGGCCGAACCCAUCUCAUGUCUCCCGCCAUGGUGGCUGCCGCUGCCCUCACGGGACACUUUACCGAUGUCCGUACCCUCAUGGGCUCUCACAUCAGCGAGGACGGUGGUCUCAAGAUCACUUCAUACUUUGACUACCUUACCCCCGUCGAAGUGCCCGAACAACCGGUCCAGCCUACCGAAGAGACUGAAGAAGGCAAGACCCCUGUGAAGCAGGCUACCGCUGCUUCCGCCGGUCUUCCCAAGUUCAACGUCCUUCGAGGUAUUGCCGCCCCGAUGUGGGAAGCCAACAUCGAUACCGACAAGAUCAUCCCCAAGCAAUUCCUCAAGACCCUCCUCCGGACUGGUCUCGGCAAGGCUCUCUUCUGGCCGCUCCGAUACAACAACCAGACCAACGAAGAGCUCCCCGAGUUUGUUCUCAACCGUGAACCUUUCAGAUCUGCUAGCAUGGUUGUCUGCAAGGGUCCCAACUUUGGCUGUGGUUCUUCCCGAGAACACGCCCCUUGGGCUUUGAACGACUUUGGUAUCCGCUGUAUCAUGGCCCCUUCGUUCGGUGAUAUCUUCAAGACCAACUGUUUCAAGAACGGUAUGCUCCCCCUCCAGCUCGCUCAGGCGGAGCUUGAUGACCUCUAUGAAGACGCUUCCCUCGGUCUGGAAAUUACCGUCGACCUCGAGAACCAAGUGGUCACUAGGCCCAACGGCAAGCCUCCCAUUGCUUUCUCUGUCGACCCCUUCAGAAGACACUGCCUUAUCAACGGUCUCGACGACAUUGGUCUUACCCUUGUUCACCGAGAUGAGAUUGAGAAGUUUGAGGGCAAGAGGACCGCUGUCUGGCCUUGGCUCGAUGGUGUGGGUUACGCGAAGAAGGGUCAGAAGGUCAUUGCUGUUCCCGUGCGUAAGGGCGUCAAGAAGACGGAUUGGUAA